CAUGUUGGGCGAGUGCGAGGAUCCGACCUCUGGGGGGGUCCCAACGCGUGGACUUGGGGCGAGUCGCGGCGGGCGCGUUACAGAGCGGGCGGUGGCGACCGAGGAAGUAUGGCGAUGGCGAGGAUGAGGAUGGCUAUGAGGGCGAUGCUACUCGGCCACGCGGCGCGAACGCACGGGCGAUGCGGGGCCCGGGGAGGUGGCGCGGAGCGCGGCCUCGCGGCGGCCUGGACGGACGGGGGCCUGUGUGCCCCUCGCCGUCGUGUAGCGACCACUGCGGGAGGAGGAGGAGGGGAAGAUGCCGCGGGCGGGUCGGGAGAAUCCGCGGCCGGUGGUGGUGGCGGCGGCUCCCCCGAGGAGCGGCUGCUGAGCGUGCUGGGCUCCAUGCGGGUCGAGGUGCGCACCAAGCGACCGCUCCGGCCGCCGGCCACCACGGAGGGCGGUGGCGAGCGGCAGAGAGCGGCGCCGAGGCCUGUGCCGCCGCCGCUGGCUGCCGCUGCCCGCGCCGUAGCGGAGGACGUCCCCGGGCGCCGUGAGGAGACGGAGUCGGAACUCCUGGAGCAGCUGCGACAGCACGAGGCCCAGAGCGACGCGGCACGCCGGGGCGACCUCGGCAGCCUGAGUGACAUCAUCUCGGCAAUGCGGGUCUCGCGGAAGAGCAGCGUCCCAUCGCAGUCCAUGAACCAGAUUCGCCACGACGAGGACUGGCAGGGCUUCCAGAGCCACCAGCACAAGAGGGAAGCAAACGAAGAACUCAUUCAAAGGUUCAACAAGCGCUUGGCAAGGCGGCAUCUCAACAUCUUUAGAGAGCUGCCACGCGACGACGCCGCCGCCGCUGAUCAGCAGCAGCAGGCGUUUGAGCCGACGCUCUGGGAGCUGGAGCUGGAGAGCGCCAUCGCUGCGACAGUGAACCACGCGCCGCGCAACGGCUUCGAGGAGAUGAUCCAGUGGACAGAGGAAGGGAAGCUGUGGCUCUACCCAGUGAACAAUGAGCAGGGGCUGGAAGAGGAGGCGGCGGUGCCGUUCCACGAGCACGUCUUCCUCGAGCGUCACCUCACAGAGUUCCCCUCCUCGGGGCCCGUGCGCCACUUCAUGCAGCUCGUCGUCACGGGGCUCUCCAAGAACCCAUACUUGACCGUCGCGCAGAAGCGCGAGCACAUCGCCUGGUUUCGAGAAUACUUCGAGAAGAAGAGGAGCAUCCUGGAGAGAGCAGAGUCUGCAUGACCCCCCCCCCCCCGACAGUGAAGUUCACAGCACGGAGUUGAGGUCGAUGCUCCCCGCUACAUUAGUCACUGAAGGCGUAUUCCGUUCAUCGAUUACAACUCAACUAUUCGUUGCCAGAUUCUCAUGGAACAUUUUCCAAGUCCCUUGCUAGGCUGGACGUGGAGGUACGUGACGACUAGACACAAUAAGAGUUAUACUGGAUGUGGUGUACGGGCCACAGUGAAAUGUACCAUCCACCUCGAAAGACUCGGCUGUAACAAACCUCUGGUUGCUCAAAAUAAAUGGACGGUGCUCACA